AUGGAAGGGGUUGCAAAGACUAGAAAGGAGAUACGGGACAAUGAAUCAUGCAGGGAGAAAAAAGACCCAGCCAAGCCUGGUCGGGAGUCUGUGGUGUUUGACCCUUCUCCUAAGUCAAAAUCGGUGUCAACAGAGAACUUGAAUAUCCCAUUACGAUCUACCUCCAGUUCAUUGCAUGGUUUUGAUAGGGUGAAUAAAGUGGAAGAUUCUUCAGUCUUUGCAUUGAUGAUGAAGAGGAGGUCAUUGAGGGACAGAUGGGGUUUUACUGGCUUUCGCAACUAUAGCUUGGAUGCCGCCGUGUAG